UUUGGGCAAGGUUUGGUCAAGAAUUCAUCGAGGCGGGAUAUCCUUGGUACUGCCGUAUGCUUAUCAUAGUAAUGGAUAUUAGCAGUCUGAGGCAAGAACUCGUCCCAAAAGUCCAAGAUGCAUUCUUCGAAACCAUCGUUGUCAUUCUUCGAGAUAUGUCUCUCCAAACAACGAUGGUAGGCCGCAAAACGCCCCUUUAAGUAAUGACUCAACUGCCGUCCAGCUUUACUAUCAUCGCCUAUUUUGAGACUCUUCGAGGAAGUACUGUAUACGUCCAACUCAAUGUUGGAAAGAAUACCACUUUGGACUGUGAGUUGAUGGGAAGACUUUCGCAUUUCGGASAUGAUAGACGCGGAAGCGGACGUGGGUCUGGUACCAAGGGAAACCAUCGGGGGAACAGGCGGAACCAUAGCAGGUGGUUGCAUGGCUGCUCCAGCUGCCACUAUCUCGUCUGCAUUGCGAAGGCGUAGAGGUUCCAUGAUAUCCGGGCGUGGGUGCAUCAUUUCUGCUUCAAAGUCGCUGUCAGAGUCAUCCGUGUAAUUAGAACCCAUAGAUCCAGCCCGCCUGGCAUCAUUUGUAUCUUCGUCGCUUUCGAGAUUUCUACCGGAAACUGGUUGAUAAUAGGCAGGUAAUAAGCUAGUAUUUCCAGUCGUAGUACGACCCAUGCUGUCGCUCCCAUUGCUUCGGUUACGCAUAGUUUCUUCGGUGGAAAGAAACGAGAAAAAAGGAUGAAAGAAAUCAGCCGAAAGACUAACUGGUGGGGUGGGCAUAGAUCCUUCUCCAUCGUCGACUCCUGACCGGCCCAAGAGAUGUUGGUCAAGCAGAUGACGAUGGACUUUUAGAAUGGUACUUGGUGUCCGGAAACGGCUGCCAGAGAAAGAGUUGGAACGACUUAAUUGACCGCGGGAGCUGGCACAACGACCUGCUGCGUGCCAAUCAGCGUGGGUUUCUCUUCUACCGCUUGCUGUAGGAGGGAACGGAGGCGGCAUGAAAGGAACCUGAGGUAAUCCUCGCGCGUUCGUCGAUCUUCGCCUCCAGUUCACACUCCGGAUUCUAUCUGCAUGCGACUCAGUGUACUUGGAAUUCAACUUGUGCAUGGCCUUUUCUUCCAGAUAAGUAAGACCUACCCUUCCCGAGCCUAGAAUCAAUUCCUCUCUCAUCCUCAUAUCAUCACGUUCAUUGUAAAAUGGAUCUACAGGUAUCGUUUCGUCAGCAGCCCGGGGGGCACCCGGUGCAUUUGGUGGGGUUGAUAUAUCGACAGAAUUUAUGCUAUUUUUCGUUUGCUGCUCCUGCAACUGCUUCACCUCAAUCGACAAUCUCCAAAUCAGAGUAUGGUAAGAGUGACCCAGUGAAUGAGGGUAAAUAGGAACGCCCGCACUUACGUAAAGCGCACAAAGUUCUUUUGCAUCCGCGUGUUGCCCACAUUUCUAUUUUUGUAACGCCAAGCCAAUCCAAAACCGAAAAACAAAUAACCGUUUGAUGUGAGCCGCACUUCGUUCUCAUCGAAAAGCACAAAAACCACACGAAUGCUGGUGGCACCAUGCGAGACACAAAAUCAUUGCUAUUGGUGGAUUUAAAUCGCUGACACCUAUCUUGAUUUUAUGAACCCAACAAAAAAUUUAGUGCGUCCCACACCGAACGACUACAGCAGUCGUGUUUACCACUUACCAAAGCCGUUACCACCUCGGUGGCACACCGAAAUCCGUGCAUUCGAACACGGCGAAAGAUUUCUUUUGAAAUCUUGUUGGUCCCGCUGCUGCAUUGACCAAAAUCUCGCCAUUCGAUUGGUGUCAAAAAGGACGCUAUGCUGUGCAGGGAGUCGAUAGGAAGCGACAUCAAGAGAUAAUGCUUUUCCUGAUGGCGAUUUCCCAUCCACGUCGAAGAAGAAGGGUGUUGCGGUUGCUGUGGCUGAGCCAGUGGUUGAGUACCCGGUUCCUUUGCGACACUAUUACUGUUGACUUUGUUGUAAUGGGAAUCAUGAAAACAAGACAAUCCUUUUUGGUCUGAAGAUGAUCUGUCAAGAGAGGAAACCUCCAUUACUUGUAAUUCAGCCUCUUGUGAAGGACCUGAAGUGUCUAUGAUGAGGUUAGAUGCAGAUUUUGCAUCAGCUGCUUCGUCCAAAUGAUUUCCAAACGAAUCUACCAUGGUCUCUGCACCGGAAGCAAAUAAUGUCGUGUCGAGUUUCGAACUAGCAGCAUUGUUAACCUUCGUUGUCUCCGAGGCGAUAAAAUUCAGAGUUUUCUUUAUUUCCAUUCUUCCAUCCGUUACUGGUUCUGUUGAAGAAUCUUCCUCGUCCCCAGGCACAACUAUAGCAG